CACUCGUCUCGAUCAAUCACAGCAUGGCAUCCUCAGCUGCAUCUUCUUCACAGCAGCCCGCAGUGGACCCAAAGAUAUUCAGCCGCUUCGGUAAUGGCAAGAUCAAGAACAUCAUCUGCUCGCUGAGCGGCAAGGGUGGCGUUGGCAAGUCCUCCGUUGCAACGCAGCUGGCCCUCAGCAUCUCUGCGCAAGGGAAACGCGUAGGCCUGCUCGAUCUUGACCUUACUGGGCCCUCCCAAGUACGAAUGUGCGGUCUCGAAGGAGCCAAGAUCCUUCAAUCCUCACAGGGUUGGCUACCAGCCUACGUGGACGCCUCACAACGCUUGGCCGUCAUGAGUGUGGCGAUGCUGCUCAAGGGCAAGAAUGAUUCCGUCGUCUGGCGAGGGCCAAAGAAGAAUGCGAUGAUCAAGCAGUUCCUCGGGGACGUCAGGUGGGGCGAGCUUGACUACCUCAUCGUCGAUACGCCCCCAGGUACGAGCGACGAGCAUAUCUCUCUAAUGGAGUACCUCCGGCCAUUCAGCCCCUGCGCUAUCCUCGUCACCACACCGCAGGCCGUCUCCCUUGCGGACAAUCUGCGCUCACUCGACUUCUGCUCUAAGGUCGGGCUGCCAGUCGUGGGGCUGAUAGAGAACAUGAGUGGAUAUGUGUGCCCGCAUUGUGCUGAGUGUACAAAUGUGUGGGGAAAGGGUGGUGGGCAGGCGCUCGCUGAGAGGGAGGGCAUCAGGUUCUUGGGGAGGAUACCAAUUGAUCCGGGGUUGGUGAGGGUGCUGGAUGAUGCCAAGGACGAGGCGGUUGCAUUGGCAAAGGGCGCGAGUGCAGGAGAACAGGGGGCCGUCAAGAAAGUCGAGGCAGCCACAGGAUCAACAUCAGCGGCGACGAAUGGCGUCGAUGUGACUGAAUCGCUACCAGCAACGUCAACACCUGAGACGGCCGUGGCAAAGGAAAGCGCCACACCCGCAGGCACUCUCCUCAGUCGCACCCUCAUGCAGCGAUAUCGCGACUCGCAGACGUUUCCCAUCUUCGCCGAGAUUGCAACGAAGGCCAUCGAGGGUGUGGAAGAGCAUGCGCGGAGAGUGAGCGAGCAGGGGGACGAUGUCGCGCAACAGGCGCUAUCAACCGCGGAAGGAAGGUGAGCAGAAGCAAGCUCGCUUUUGUAGAUGUUUCUUCAUUUGUUCUCUGUAAUACCACUGCAUUGCACGUCU